UGACAUUCGUCGUAUACGGUCACACUGCUGGUCGCAGUCGCCAUAUUGUUUUUUGUUUUUGUCACCAACACAGACGCAGAGACUUAAUUUUCAAUUACAGCAUUAUUUCGUGUAGCUGCCAGGAAAUCACAAUUUUCAGCCGAUCUACUACAGGAAUUGUCGAAAUAAAUAUAUAGCGCUUGUCUCAAAACGAACCCAUCUGUCUUUGUGCAUUACUAGUCCCGAAUAGAUUGCGUUUUGUGAGGUUUUGCGUGGUGAGUAAAAGUUCAUUGAAUAAAUCAGUACUCGUACUUAGAGGCAACGACGUCCCCCUCGUCCAUUCGCUUCGCUUGCCUACUCUUCUUGCGCGGAGAUGUCUCGACUGCAAGCUACAACUACACCACAACACCAACAAGCUAUCGGAGUGUGCUUUAAAAUAAUAACAAAGAUAAAAUAGUGUGAUUUUUAAUUAAGAACAGGCCACUGUCGAAAGUGUCGAAAGUUGAAUAUCGAUUUAUCCCGCAGUGCUUGUUUCUAAUUGCUUUUGUGUGCAUCGCUUCAAUAGGAUGGUGUCUAUCAAAGGAUGCUAAGGGGCCAGAUUUGUGAUUAAGUACAGUUGAUAGGUCAACAAUGACGUGUUUCGUAAUUCACAUAUUGCAAGUGAGGCUUCGGUUACAGGGGUUGCUGUAAUUCAGGUUUUUUUUCAGACCCUCGGACUACAAUUGAAGGCAAUGGACUACUUAUGAUCAACCCCAGAGGAUUUCAGUUCUGUCACCGUCUGACCGUCAAGGAUCGUCAGUUUAGCGUUCGUGGAUAUCCUCCCAUCCCAGACAGCGCGUGCCUCUCUGUCUGUACUAAAAAAGAAAUAAAUUGAAAAUCAAAUCAAAUUGAUUGUCAAGAUGAGUGUGAUUAUUCGGUUACAAAAUUUGCCGUGGACGGCGAAUGCCCGCGACAUUCGAAACUUCUUCUCGGGCCUAGCGAUUCCAGAGGGCGGUGUCCACAUAAUCGGCGGCGAGAUGGGCGACGCGUUCAUCGCUUUCAGCACCGACGAGGACGCCCGCUGUGCCAUGCUAAAGGAUCGCGAGAAACUGAUGGAGAUCCAGGUUCGUUUGCUCCUCUCCUCGCGGGCCGAAAUGCAGAAGGUUAUCGAAACGGCUCGCAAGGGGCCCACAUCCGCUCCAGCCGCUGUUGUGGCUCCAAUCACUGUACCCGUUCCCAUACCCGUGGCAGUGCCCAAGCCCACCAUGGUUGCUGCUCCUCCCCAGCCCCCGAUUAUUGGUGGUCUUAGCAGUUUUCUGACACAGACCAAGGCCAAUACCGUGCCAAUGGGCAUUCCCUCCUUUCUCGCCUACCAACAGCAGGCCGGCGUUACCCUGGCAGAGGUGACGGGUCGCCGUAGCCGCAGUCGCUCCUCCAGCUCGGAUGACAGUGAGCGGGAACGAGAGAGGGAGCGGGAGCGGGAGCGUGAGAGGGAACGGGAUCGGGAGCGCGAACGAGAACGGGAACGGGAACGUGAACGUGGAAGAAAGCGCCGCUCGGAACGGGCGGACAGCAGGGAAAGGGAAUCAAAGUUGGCCACCGGCGCAAGUUCUGUUCCCUCGCCAUGGGGACCGCCAGUUCAGAAUGGCCUGAGCCCGGGCAGCCUUACCAUGGGGCUGAGCCUCAACUUGCCGACGGUGAUACCCUCGUUUCAGAGCUACACCACCAGCAACACCACCAACAGCACCUCCAACAAUGUGACCAACAACUACAAUCUCCAUUCGAGUAUUCCGACUCAGCAGCUGAUAGCUGCACUGCAGCAGGUAGCAUCCGGCAGUCCGGGCCAAGUUCAGGCUGUGGAGCCCGCCAAAGCCGAGCCGGAGCCCAUUGCCUUUGCCAGUGUUAAUCCGUAUGCCCAGAUGUACCCGCAACUCUUCCAGCAGCAGCAGUUGCUGCUCCAACAGCAGCAAACCGCAUCGAAGGUAUCGCCUUCCGUUGGAAUGUCGCCGGGAAGCACAGGAGGAAGUAAUGCUGCCCUGCCCGUGGCGGAUACAUGCUAUAUCCGGAUGAACAGCUUGUGUCCCAGCACAUCGUACAGCGACAUCCGCAAGUACUUUCAGGGACUAUAUAUUCCACACAAUGGAAUCAAGAUCAUGCAGGUGAAUGGCAAUCGCACGGGAGUGGCCUACGUUGAGUUCUCCAGGGUGUCGAGUGCCCAAAAGGCACUACAAAGGAACAACACAAUGUUCCGGGAUCGCCAGAUUCAGAUAACCCCAGUUGGGGACGAGGAAUUCGAGCAGGCGGAGGAACGCACCCAGAACAGCGAAGGCGGAAAAAGGAAUCAGAACUCUGGUGGCGGUGCAGGUGGUGAGAGGAGCGACAGGAGUCGAGGAAGUGGAUCGAGUGGUGGUUUAAAUAUUCCCAAUCCUAGCACCAAUGUCCUGUUUGUGGAAGAUCUGCCACAGCUCACCACCGAACAUGAGAUCAUGAAGAUGUUCUCCUCCAACUACACCAUUGUGGAUAUCCUCUUGUCCCCCAGUCCGAACAAUCGCCGCGAAUGUGUGGCCUUCGUCCUGUUUGCGAGGGAGUCGGAAGCCCAAUCGGCUCUGGAGGAUACCUCCAAGCACUACAUCGGUUUCCGGCAGCUCAGGGUGAGGCCGAGCAGCCAAGCUGAGAUGAUGAACGCCAAGGAGAAGCUGCGCCGAGCCAACGAACAGCUGCUCAAAGAGGAAGCCGAUCAGCGGGAGGAGUUGCUCAGGGAUCAGCAGAGAAGGCAACAGCAGAUGCAGCAACAACAGCAGGAGCAGGAACAGGAGCGUGAAAAUAGCCAGGAGAGCAGGUACCACAACAGCGAUCCAAGGAGACGGCAUGCAGAGGAGCAGAACCAUCAUCAACAGCAGAUGUCCAUGAAUCACAACCAGAACAUGAGCUCCAGUAUGAUGCAAGCCUUUUCCAAUGGAGGUAAUAACGGGGUGGACAUGAUGGCCUUCAACAUGCCCCCACAACACCACCAAAACGGCGGCAACAUGUACCCCUUCAACAUGAAUAACAACAACAAUGAACCCAUGGACAAUGGAUCCGACGGCGGAGGUGGCAACAACGGUCCCCAGAGGCCACGGCAGGAGGAUGUCUUUGUGCGGGUCCACAACUGCGAGUACAGCACCCGACUCAAUGAGCUUGGAAAGCUGUUCACCGCGGAGCAGCUGCGUGUGGAGCACAUAGAGCCGUUGUUCAAUGAUCGCAAUCAGAGUUCUGGGGAAUUCAUCGUAGAGUUCCAAGAUCCCACCAGUGCUAAGCAGGCUGUUAGGGAAUUUCAUAAUCGCCGCUUCCGCGGAAGAGGUCUUCGGGUGGUUUCCAUCACGCCGCAAGAAAUCGCCGACAAGAUGAAUAAGCCUUUUAUGGACUAUCUUCCUGGGGGAAACGGUCAUCGGCAAAUGGAGAGCAAUAGUGGUAGCUCCGGAAACGGAAACAAUGGCAACUCAAGCAGUGGUGGAUCUGGGGGUGCUGGUCAGGUGUCCCAAGGAUCGCGACGACGCGGUCCCAGUCGCUUCGACGACAUCAGCAAUCGCACUACUAACAAUUCGCAGCAACCAGAGAAGAAUAUAUCUCCGGAAAGACGAGAAAAUAGCAAUGGUGGAUCAUCAAACCCCCCCAAGCAACAUUUCAAUCCUUUUGCGCGUCCCGAUCCUUCCCUAAGUGGUAACAACUCCCCGCCACACAACCAGAAAUCCAGUCUAGGCCAUGGAAAUCUAGAACCGACGCCCUCAUCCAUAAUCUCGGACAAGUUCAGCCGACCCGGGUGUGUAGUGGCCAUGCGUAAUGUUCCGUUUAAAGCGGAACUGAAGGACAUUCUGCGCUUCUUUGGGGACUACAAGUUGAGUCCAGACGACAUCAUCAGGCGGUUCAAUGACGAUGGCAAACCAACCGGCGACACGCGGGUGGCCUUUGAAUCUCCGGCCGAAGCACGUUCCGCCUACGAAUCCCGGCGAAGAAAGCAAAUCUUCAACCGCAAUGUCUACCUGGACCUUGUAUAGGCUGCUUCUUAAGCCACUGGCCACUGGCCACUGUAUUGUAAAUAUUAUUAGUAAUUUUAAGCGAAAAACACCAAAACUACAGAUUGUAUGUACAUAGUUUUAUUUGAAAAAAUCGAAAUAUAAAAUGUAUAAAUAUACAAAAAUGAUAUUAAACCUAUUUAGGAGAUGAAGAAAUGUAUCUACCCAAACAUUUAUAAAAAAAUCUCCAAACUUUUAAUUAUUUCUGUUAUAAUGCCAUAAUGUACGUGUUCAAAAAUAAAAUACCAUAUUAGCAAUAAGUUCGAUUAGUUUGGACGAUCACCAAUUAUACAUCUUAGCAGUACAUUUAAACCAGACUUGUUUACCAAUUGUAAUUCUGAUUAUUCGGAAAAUAAACUACACGCAUAAAAUAUAAAAAUACAAAAUUGAACUUUUGAUCCAUCAUCAGCACAAAAGCGGCAUGGACACACAAAAUCAGACA